AUGGUCGCGCGCCCACUUCACAAGCGCCAGCUUGGCCUUGCCGCACCCACAGGUGCUGGUAUCUCUAAUGCUGCCCUCACCGUCGGUACAGAUGCCGCCACCGCUACCUCCUUAGCCUUUGAUAGCUCUGCCGGCUCAGGUUCUAAUACAGCCCCUCCCAUUGCUAUCUCAUUCACUCCCGUUGUUCACACUACCCCCUCCGCUUCCGCCUCCGAUUCGGAUUCCGCGACGCCUUCAAACUCUGUAGCUGCAUCAUCCAAUACAUCUAGUCCCAUUGCCUUGAGCACUGUAGUUGGUACAUGUGUAGGCGCUUUCAUCGGCGCCUCCGCCCUUAUCAUUUUGGGCGUCGUGUUUUACCGGCGCUACUCAAGGAGCCUCAAGCAGAGAUAUAUCAAGACAAGAGCUCCCAUACCCAAUGAUCGUAACGCCCGCGGCGACGAGCAACGCAGGCGUUCUCGUCUUGAGCCUUGGACUAAAUUGGAGGACGGGGACAAAUGGGAAGGCUCAUACCAGACGAAGGAGGUGGACGCUGUCUCUCCAAUGGAGAAACUCACCAUGUUCAAGAAGAGAUCUCCGAGUGUCCGCACUGCUUUCACUCAUGUUACUCACAAAUCAGACGAUGCUCCCUUCGAUUUUGUUCAUCCUUUUUCACAAUACCACCCUAGCCUUGCGAAAGACCUUGCUUCUGAUGAAAAAGGCGCGUUCAUGCCCGAACCGCGAACCUUCCUCGGCCGCGUCGAUGCAAAUGCCCCGAUAUCAUGGGAAGCAGAAUCGGCCAAGAAUACAUCAUUCCUCUCCGCCCAUACAGCUCGCAUGGAAGGAGGGGCCAUGUCACCAACCCUGAACAUGGCACUUCCCACACCUGCAGCUGUAAAAUCAGAACUUCAUCGUUGGGAAUCUGCAGAGGUAGUCCAUUUCAGUGAAGGUCGGUCUGCAGAGAUCGUCGACCCAGCAGAGGAAGAGUCAAGCAGGAGUGCACACAAUCCUUUUUUCAACGCUCAAGAAUACGGCCACCAACGAUCUCAUUCAAAGUCAUCUUCUCGGUCUCGCUCACGAUCCAACUCUGUCUCCAAACAAAGUCACAAGGGCAAGGAUCGAGAACGCAUUGUCUCGAUGGAUCCUUUUUCCGAUCCCCUGCCUAAGCCUUCCUUCGUCUAUCAUCACGCAACUACGUCUAGUGCUUCCUCAGCAAGCAACGAACGAGCAAUACAAUCCUUGAGAGCUGUGCUGGAUGUAUCAGAGGAAGAAAUUCAGAGUCGUUUGCGUGUUGCGUCGAUGCAACCCUCUGUCAUAUCCGCCAUGUAUGACGAUGAUGACGUUACAGAGAAGUUUCCUAUACCACCAUCCUCGGCCGGACACUCCAUCAAAGACUAG